AGGAGGGAGGAGGAAGAAGAGAGACAGUAAAUUCUCUUUGGAGGGUUUAGGGUUUAUGAUGGCCGUGAUAGCGCUCAGGUCUUCGAUGCGAGCAGCGAUGCGUUCCCGGCUAUCGGCGCCAUCGCCGGCUCCAUCUCCAGCGGGAUUGACAAGGUCCUUGUGCCAUCCCGAAGGCUUGGCGAAGUCCUUUUGCAUGGAGCCCGUGGAGGAAACGAUGAGUAGCAAGGACAAGUUCUUGAGCCCGCCAAGCUCUGCUACUUCAAACAGCGUUGACAUAGCUCCAGGAAUCUACAAAGCUAUUCUGAUUGGUAAAGUCGGGCAGCCACCCACUGUGAAAACUCUCAGCAGUGGCGCGGAAGUGGUCACCUUUCCUCUGGGAACUGGAGGCCUGAGGAACCACCGACGAGCGCUCGAGGGAGAGAGCCCCCAAGCUUACGCGCAGCGUAGCUUCGUGCAAUGGCACAGGAUCUGCGUGUUCAAGCCCACGCUCGUCACCCUUGCCAUGCAGAUCAAAAAGGGGAUGAACGUCUACGUCGAGGGAAACAUCGAGACGCGAGUCUACAAGGACACGGUAAGCGGCACUUUCAAGCGCUUGCGAGAGAUUUCCAUCCGGCAACACGGCCGCCUGUAUAUGAUGGGAACCAAGCCUCUACUCCCGUCUGAAGUCAAAGAAUGAGCUAGAACACGCUACCUUUGAUUUGCUGUUUUGCUGUUUUCGUUUUGUUCUCCACUCUUGUCCAUAUCCACAAUGAAAGUAAUAUGUACGAAAGUUUCUCUUCUCGA